AUGGAUCAAUGGCAGUCAGGAAAAUGGGUUUUUGAUAACCAGACUUAUCCUCUUUACAAAGAGGAAGAGUGUACAUUCAUGUCGGAUCAAUUGGCUUGUGGCAAGUUUGGGAGAGAUGACUUGAGUUAUCAGUAUUGGAGAUGGCAACCUCACCACUGUGAUCUACCAAGGUUCAAUGCCACAGCACUAUUGGAGAGAUUGAGGAAUAAAAGGCUAAUUUUUGUGGGGGAUUCUCUAAAUAGAGGGCAGUGGGUGUCGAUGGUAUGUCUACUUGAGAAGGCCAUUCCAAAAGGGCUUAAAUCUAUGCACAACAAUGGCAGCUCCUUGAUCACCUUCAAGGCGAAGGCAUACAACGCAAAAAUUGAGUUUUAUUGGGCGCCAUUGCUGGUGGAAUCCAAUUCCGAUGAUCCGAUCAGCCAUCGGUUACCGGAUCGGAUUGUGAGAGCUCAAGCCAUUGAAAAGCAUGCCAGGCAUUGGACAGAUGCUGAUAUACUUGUCUUUAACACUUACCUUUGGUGGAGACGCCCUAAAAUGGAAGUCUUGUGGGGUUCAUUCAACAAAUCGGAUGGAAUAUACAAAGAAAUAGAUAUGUUACGUAGCUAUGAAAUGGCUCUAAAGACAUGGUCUGACUGGUUGGAAAUCCAUGUUAAUAGGACUAAAACUCAAUUAUUUUUCAUGAGCAUGUCACCUACUCAUGAAAGGGCAGAAGAAUGGGGCAAAUCUAAAGGAGGAAAUUGUUAUACUGAAACAGAAGCAAUAUUCAAAGAGGGAUACAGGGGAAGUGGAACAGAUCCCAAGAUGAUGCAAAUAGUUGAAAUUACAAUUAAUGAACUUCAAAAAAGAGGCUUAAAGGUACAAAUAAUGAACAUAACACAGCUCUCGGAUUACAGAAAAGAUGGACACCCUUCAAUUUACGGGAAACAAUGGAAACCUUUGACUGAAGAACAAAUAUCUAAUCCCCUUAGUUAUGCAGAUUGUAUACACUGGUGUCUCCCUGGAGUUCCUGAUGUUUGGAAUCAUCUUCUAACUGGAGGUGGCAGCCUCACCAAUGUGACCUCCCAAGGUAUGCACUCUGAUAUGAAAUUGUCAUGGUCUUUUUGCUUGUAUAUGAAUUCGAACUUUGAAAUAUCAGAAUCUAUUCGUGUAGCGAAGUCCAAUGCUACAAGUCUGUUAAAUAGGCUAAGGGGUAAGAGGCUUGUGUUCGUUGGCGAUUCAUUGAACAGAAAUGAAUGGGAUUCACUGGUCUGCUUGGUGGAAUCAUCAAUUCCUUCACCAUCUAAAUCCAGACAGAUCAUUGGCAAUUUGUUCACCUUCAAGGCCGUUGAAUCCAAUGUCUCUAUUGAUUUCUAUUGGUCCCCAUUGCUAGUCAAAUCGAACUCUGAUGAUCCAGUGAACCACAGUUUACCAGACAGAAUUGUUAAGAGUUCAAGCAAUAGAGAAGCAUGCCAGGCAUUGGACUGA